UGCUGCGCAUGCUCGCGCUGUGACCCCGGCUUGAGGUAACAGCGCGAGCUGAGGCUGGGGCCCUUGGCGCGGAGGCUGAGGGACCCGCCGCGGCGCUGUCGCCGGAGAGGGAGGGCACCGCUGUCGUCGGAAUUUGCACGCUGGGUAUGCAAGAGGCUGCAUCUUUUUUGGAGUCUGGGAGCGCUGCAGUGGCAGAACCAACACGGCGGGAGGCGCUAGAGGACCCGGGGUGGACUCGGACGUCGGGUCAGGGAACCUGGCAUUUAUUCCUGCCCGGACCGCCCACUCAUGCUGCGGAGUGUGGGAGGCGUGGGGAGAUCGGCCGCCAGAGGGACGUGCGCCGUAGCCAAUCAGCGUGUGAAGCAGGGCGCUAUGUGGUUGGGGCCUCCCGUAACUCUUUACCGCCCCCGAGUGGCCCCCAGGUCCCCGGCAUCCCCACAUCGCCCUGUGAGGCAGAUGAGCAGAGCCGGAAGGGCCGCACGGGAGGAACAGGGGUUGGCUUGUCCGGAGGCGGACGGAUAACGCGACCCCGAUCCCUGAGGCCAGAAGCCAAGGAGUCCUCAGUGACCGUGGGAUCCACAACAUCUCCACAUCGCUGUCCCCACCCAGCCAGGGCAGCGCCAGCACUAGCUCAGACGCAAGGACGGAACCGCUGGACUCCAGGUUCCUUGCCUGGGAGUAGGAGAAAUCCACCUGCUGGGGGCUGAGUGUGGCCUGAGGGACAGGCCCUGGGUCCCGGGAUGCCCCUGCCCGAGCCCAGCGAGCAGGAGGGUGAGAGUGUGAAGGCCAGCCAGGAGCCAUCCCCCAAGCCAGGCACAGAAGUCAUCCUGGCAGCCCCCAGGAAGCCCAGAAAGUUCUCCAAACUGGUCCUGCUCACAGCCUCCAAAGACAGCACCAAGGUGGCGGGGGCCAAGCGCAAGGGUGUGCACUGUGUCAUGUCCCUGGGGGUGCCCGGCCCCGCCACCCUUGCCAAGGCCCUCCUCCAGACCCACCCCGAGGCCCAGCGGGCCAUUGAGGCAGCCCCUCAGGAGCCUGAGCAGAAACGGAGCAGGCAGGACCCAGGCACAGACAGAACAGAAGACAGUGGAUUAGCAGCGGGGCCUCCUGAGGCUGCUGGGGAGAACUCUGCCCCCUGCUCUGUGGCACCCGGCAAGUCCCUGUAACCUUGACAACAGGCGCAUCCUCCCAGGCCACCAACCCAGCCAUAGGCUCUUCUCUGUCCGCAGGGCUUCUGGGGCCAAAUGGGUGAAUCUUUGCUUUCAACAUUGUGUAAUUUCUUUCUUUUCUUUUUUUUUUUUUUUUUAGAUAAGUAUAAGUUACUUUUGUAAGCAGAAAAAUACUUUCAAACAAGAAUAAAAGAAGCUGUUCGCUAGA